AUUAAUGUGUUAACCUAUUUAGACCCUUAAGCGAAUGUUGUUAACUUACACUACACAAAGUACACAUUAUUAAACAACCAUGUGGUGUUGUUAAAAUGUUUAAGAUAUUUAUACAGGGAGUAAAGAUGUCGCUAGCUGUAUAAAAUAGAACCUGGUAUUAAACAAGCUAUUAAUUUUGAAAUACAACAUCUCAUAUAGUGAAAUAGGAAGGACUAACACGCGUUUUUGCAAGCUGAUGAAACGUAACACAGUUACAACAUGUUAAUAAACUCAUAUUGGAACGUGUUUACACAGCAGUUAUAUGUUUAGAUUUCUGCAUAGAAUUCGCCAGCGUACGAUUAUAAAAACGCGUAAUGGUGAUCAAUACAGUAUACUGAAAGAAUUAUUCGUGGAAAUACCAUGUUCAGUUCUAUAUAUGUUUAUAUUUAUUACUAAUUGGAUAAAAUCUUCGCAAGAGAAAUGCCAAAUAAUGGGAUACAAGAGAUCGUCAGUUUGUCGUAGAAAACAGGUGCUGUUGUUUCUACUAUGCGUGUCCACGUUGUCAACAUACCUGACAGUCAAACUGGUGUAUGUACAUAGAGAAGUUCCCGUUGAUGAAGCCGCGAUCCAAUGGGAAGAGAAGAUGUGCAAAAAUUACAGUAGCCUUAUAGAUGGAAAAGAAAUUAAUACAGGAAAUAAUAAGAAAUAUUUGAUCACGUGGUAUAAUGUAUCUCCAUACAUAAAAUUACGACCAGAAGCCAUGGAAAGAAGUUUUAAGCCCUGUAAAUAUAACAACUGCGAAUUGUCUUUGUGUAAACGGACCGCAGAACUAAGUGACGCAGUUUUAUUUAAUGGCCGGAGACUUCCGAAAAAGUACGAGUAUAAACGACCUAUGGGUCAGAUAUGGAUUUUUGUCGAGGACGAAACUCCAUACACUUACGACUUUGAUACCGAGCAAUGGAGGACUAAAUUUUGGCGGCCUGCAUUUAACUGGACAAUGACUUAUGAUAGAAAAACAACAGAUAUAUAUUUAUCUAGUGGCGAGAUAUGGAAAAAGAAAUCCCCAGAUUCCCGUGAUUUUCUCAGCAUUGCUAAAAAUAAAACAAGAGGUGCAUUACUGAUAAGUUCUCACUGUAGCACAGAAUCUAAACGAACUGAGUAUGUGAAAGAACUACAAAAAUAUGUAGAUGUUGAUAUUUUAGGAUCGUGUGGCCGGAAGUGGGAAUGUGGUAUAAGAUGGGUUCAUGACGACUGUUUUGGAAUACUGAACACAACUUACAGAUUCUAUUUAGCGUUUGAAAACGCGCUCUGUCGGGACUACCGAACUGAAAAAUUCUUUGAAAAUUUCAAUUACGAUAUAAUUUUAGUGGAAAGGGCUGGUAUAUCAGCUGAAGAUAAGAUUGAACCAAAAGACGCGUAUAUCUCAACGAAAGACUUCCCCGAUGCUCAAAGUUUGGGGAAGCGUCUCAAAACACUUUCAGACGACAUUGACGAAUAUUCUAAAUUUUUAGAGAGAAAGAGUCAGUAUUAUUUUCCUGGGUUUCAGGAACCUUACCAAACUGCGUUAUGUAACUUGUGUGAAAAGAUGAACGCGCAAGAAAAAUACCACAGAAAUAUACCGGAUCUAUUAGAUGAGCAUGCGCAGCUUUUAACUUCCUGUAAAGAUCCGACAGACAUAGAAGUUGACGGAGGGUUUUUCAGAUGGUUAUUUAGAAAGUGGUAGUUCGGGAUUUUAAAAGGUCAUUUAAAGUAUUUAAAGGCUAAUUAUGCCUCAGAAAUGCUAUCAGUUUUAUUUCCCAAAAGCUUUUUUUGUAUCUUCUUACCAUUUCUAAAACAAAUAGAUCUACUCAUUUGCAAUAUACAUGGACAUUAUUUUGCUUCCUUUGCUCUUUGGCAAUUGGUAUACUUAUAGUGAAUUAAUAUUUUGUAUAAAAGUCAAAGUACUGCUUUGUUUACAUUUUCGUAGCUUUAUGACUCAUAACUGCACGUUCAGGGCUACUUUUUUUCAAUUGUUUAAACUUUAUAAAUCCUUUGAUAUCUAAACAUUUUUGAACAUAUAUUUGACAUUUCUUAAGAUUAAAAAAAUAUUGAUUUCUGAGACAGAAUGUGCCUUUAAGAAAACCCAUUAAUUGAGUAAUCUGUGAUUUACAGAUAAGUCAGUCAUGCUAAUAAAACAUUUUUGGAUUGCUUAGAGGAACCCACUGAGUUUUUGACAUGAGGGGGAGCAUUUUUUAUUUUUUUAAUUUUUAUUUAUCUUCAAUAACCAGAAUGAUCAUUUUUUUAUUGUGUAGACUUAUUUCAAGUCAUGCUCUGUUUCUCCGUUUUUCCAGGAAAAAUUAAUCAUUUUUCUUGUUCAAAAUGACCUAAAACUGAAAAGCUUUUAAAUGUUUUAACACGAAUCAUUUGACUGAGUUUUGGCUUAGAAUAGCACUUUAUGAUGAUUUUCCAUUAAUAUUCGUAUUAAGUUCUUUAACUCAGUUAAUCAAUGACGGAUGGUUAGUUUUUUAAGUUUUUUUUUAAAGUUUUUGUUUUGUUUUUGUUUUUAAGUUUUUUUAAGACUUUGGACCUAAGUGGAGCUAAAGCUUUGGUCCAAUAGUUGAAUAGUAUAUUGUCAUAUUGUAGAGAUAAUAUAUUCUCUGUUUGCAUAAUGCUUAAAGAUAAAAGCGUGCACUAAGAUAAAAGUGUGCACUUGUCUGUUUAAACCCUAGAUAUCAAGUGUAUAUAAAGGCAUUUUCACCUUGUUUAUUUCAUGCACAUUUUGUAUUAAAAUACAAUCAUAUAAAUCAUGUUUUGAAGGAACCAAAUACUACGCCCCAAAACCAUUAAAUUAGUCCUUUAUUACAUCGUAACCAUGCAUCAAGUGUUGUCAUCGUUAUCUUGGUUUAAGACCAAUUUGUAUCAUUCCAUGCAUAUUU